AAAGACCAUCCCGCUCUCUCGCUCUCUCUCUCUUUCUCUCUCUGGCCUUCUCUCGAAGCUCUCGUCUUUGUUCUCUUGGAGGAGCUUACAAGAUAGAUUCAGGUCAAACUUCACGAAUCAUCAUUAAUAAAUUUAUAAAUGCAUGCACUUACGUAUGUGUUCGCUUGCCCGUACUUUUUUUCGAAUUUUCAAAUUUUGGGUUUAUUUAGUCAGAGAUCGACUUGUGUUUACUGGGUUUGUUAUAGUUUGUCAUAUUCUUCAACUUCUGGGCCGUGGCGUUGAUGCCUCAUUUGCUUGAUGAGAAAAUGCGGUAAAUUCAAAACUUUAUACAGCUUGGAAUUCCUUUUUUUAUUUUCCUAAUUAUUUGGGACUUCCACUCUAGCAAAGCUGAUGCAACAAUCUGAGUUUUUUCCCCUCCGGGUAAAUACAGAGAAGUUUAACUAUUUUGGAUCCUUUAAAUACUUGUUGUUCUGCGUAUCGUUUCUUGGAUCUCAGGUCAGGUGUGGAUUUUGUUUUGUUCUUGUUUGUAAAUUCAAGGUUCAAAAUUUGUUAUCUUUUAUUUCCUGCACAUUGACCGAGCGACCACAUCAGGCAUUAUAGUUUCUUCCAACUAUGUCCAUGCUCGUUCCAUAGAUUUUCUUGCAUUAUUCACGGCGUGGUUUCUCAGCGUUCUGCAGUUGUGCAUGAAUAUUUAAAAAGGUUUCGACUAAAAUUUUAUAUUAUGUAUUUUUUUUGUCUUUAACGUAUGUGAAUCUGUUUGACAUUGUUAGUUGUUUAUUCACUAUGUUACUCUGAUAAUGUGUCAAAGCUGUUCGAUUGAAACUAUAUUGGAAGAAAAAAGAGUUCCUUGUAUGAUUCAAAAAAGAAGAAGAAAUAAAUAUCGAGGUAGAAUCUUAAUAUCUUGAAGCGAAUCCGGAGACAUAAUAUCGUAGUAAAGCAGGAUACAUUGCCUUAGAUAGGGUUGUAGUAGGAACCGAUUCCUGUUCUUGGCCCCAGUUAUCCAGGUUUUUAGCUGUUAUUGAUAAGGUUUUGUCGGCUUUAAUUCAGCUACUAAUUUCAAACCACUCACAAUUGUUGAAUUGAGUUGAACCCACGGGGCUUAAUAGAUUUUCAGAGGUUUGAAAGGACUUCAAUGAUUAGUGGAUCUCUACUGCGAAUCAGAUUGAAUCUGAUUAUCUGCUCCAUUUUUAUCAGGAAAUUGACUUCUAAUGGCAUUUAAAAUAUAUAUUUUCAGUAGCCAAUACUACACGUAUAAAUAUCUAGAUUCUAGUUUUGCCAUGACACUUCAGAAUCAGUUUAUUAUAUAAAUUACUUGAUGUGACUGCAAGGGAACAUCAAUUAGGAUCUUGAUAACACUUCGGCUGUUCGGCGUAUAUUUUUACCAUGAGUUAGGACUAGAAAUGGUUCUUCUUUGAAGUUGCAUUUGGAACAUAUCCCCUAAGAUGAGCACAUGUUAUUGUUUACAAGCCGUUUUCUGCACACAUAAUGCCUGCACAGCUUGCUCUCAAUUUUUCUUUGCAUUUAUUUUGUAAUUAUGUUUCAGGUUUUGUUCAUAUGGUUUAAAGUUAAUACUUUGUGCUGUUCUUCUCUGAGGCUUUUAAACAUGAGGGAGAAAAACCUUGUUACUGCUAAGGGCCAGGAGCCAACCAUUCCACUUACACGCGCAAGGGCUGCUGCCUUCCUUGCAUCUGGAAAGUUGCCUUAUCUGAAAGCUCCUAUACAACAAAAUCAGAAGCGAACUUUUCGAGGAAAUCCAAAAGGUGCAGACUUGGAUGAGAACAGCAAUCAUGCUCCCACUGAUGCGUGUCUUCAGCGCAAGAGGAGGGUUGUGUUGCAGGAUGUCAGCAAUAUUUGCCACAAAGGCUCAUUUAGGAGCUGCUUGAAUGCAACUAAAAUUCAGGCUAAGAACAGCAAGCUGGCUAAAAAUAGUAGGGCAAACAUUAGCAAAGUGGGGCCUUCAGAUGCUACAGAAGGCCUACAGUUUCAAGCUGAUGCGAAAGCAAACCUUCUUCAAGAACCUAAAUCAAAAGAAGUUAGAAGUUCUACUAAUUUUGAAGAAAAGGUGCCUCUUCAGUUAAGUAGCAUAAGGGACUGUGGCAUAGGCGAUCAUCUACUUGAAUAUCAGAGUUUUGGAGUGCCUUCACACCCUCAAAGUCCCCCAAAGAAAGGUGGCUUCUAUGGGGACAUCAUUAUAUCAAGCAAUCCAGACGUUAUAGACAUUGAUGCAGAUUACAUGGAACCUCAAUUAUGCAGUGUGUAUGCUCCUGACAUAUAUAACAAUUUACGUGUAGCUGAGCUUGCUCGGAGACCAUAUCCUAAUUUCAUGGAAACAAUGCAGCGAGAUAUUACUCAAAGCAUGCGAGGGAUUCUGGUUGAUUGGCUCGUAGAGGUAUCUGAGGAAUAUAAGUUGGUGUCAGAUACGCUUUACCUCACAGUUUAUCUCGUUGAUUCAUUUCUGACUCAAAAUUAUAUUGAAAGACAGAGACUUCAACUUCUCGGCAUCACUUGCAUGCUAAUUGCCUCGAAGUAUGAAGAAAUUUGUGCACCGCACGUGGAAGAGUUCUGCCUCAUUACAGACAACACUUACACAAGAGAGGAGGUAUUGGAACUGGAGAUUCAAGUAUUGAAGUAUUUUGGCUUCCAGCUAUUUGCUCCCACCGCAAAAACUUUUCUCAGGAGAUUUCUUCGAGCAGCACAGGCUUCUUACAAGACCCCUAGUCUGGAGAUGGAGUACUUGUCCAACUAUUUAGCUGAACUUUCGCUAAUUGACUAUGGCUUCUUGAAUUUCCUUCCUUCUGUCAUAGCUUCAUCAGCUGUUUUUCUUGCCAGAUGGACGUUAGAUCAGUCAAAUCACCCAUGGAAUCCAACUCUAGAACACUAUACCUCUUACAACUCAUCUGAUUUGAAGACCACAGUAAUUGCCAUGCAAGAUUUACAGUUGAACACCAACGGUUGUCCUCUGAGUGCUAUACGCAUGAAAUAUAGGCAACAAAAGUUCAAAUCUGUGGCGGCUUUGUCAUCCCCAAAACUGCUUGAAACACUAUUCUGAAUAUAUACUGGCUGUUGGAUCUUUACAGCAAGGGACUGCUAACAGAUAGUAGUAAUACUUUCCAGAUGAAAGGAUCUUCUGGGUUUGCCAUUUACUCCACGAUGUUCUACCAGAUGUCUAAUCUUAUUCCUCUCAUAUCCAUUCAUAUCCUUUCCACCAAAUUUUGGAGUCUGUUUAUAGAUUUUGUGGCCUUGGGUUGGGUUCUUUUAAUCAGAGAACAAGGGAUGUCUAGCCCCAAAGUCUGAAAUCGAGUGUAUUACUGUGUCACACUGUUCAGUUUAUGUAGCACGUCAUCAGCUGUAACCAAGAGUUAGUUUGUAACCAUGGCAGCCAAAGCCUCAAUUCAAUUAACUAAUUUUCUUUGUAAUUGUCUUGUAGUUGUCAUUUAAAUUCUUCAUUUAGAAUGGUAUCUCGAAUAUCUCUGCAGCAUUAUUGGAACUUAUUU